CCGUCACUGUGAGUUACAGGUAUAAUUCGCUUACAAUAGCUGUUUCACUAUCUUGUAGGCAGCUUCGGAUGAGGGUUAAGACAAAAGGCAACAAGGCAAAUAGUUUGUGCGAUGACUAAUUAAUUUUAGGCAGUUAUUAACUGCGGUACGCCGUUUAUUAAUUUUAGUCCUACUUAGUAAACUAUACUUGUGCAAUUUUCGGUUGCCGACGCUACUUCGUUUCAUCUCAAUUUUACCGAAGUUGCAUAAAAACUUCAACUUAUAACAUCAUGAAUACUGCGGUAGAAAAUGGAGCUGAUAACAAUCCAUCGAAGAAAAAAACCAUUGAGGGGAUUUAUCAAAAAAAAACUCAAUUGGAGCAUAUUUUAUUACGUCCUGACACUUACAUCGGUUCUAUUGAACCUGUAACUGAAAUGAUGUGGGUUUAUGACAAAGAGAAGGAAAUGAUGACGCAAAGGGAAGUAAAAUAUGUUCCUGGAUUAUACAAAAUAUUUGAUGAGAUUUUAGUAAAUGCUGCGGAUAAUAAACAGAGAGAUCCCAAAAUGGACACAAUUAAAAUUGACAUUAAUCAAGAACAGAAUAUUAUAUCUGUUUGGAAUAAUGGCAAAGGUAUCCCAGUGGUAAUUCAUAAAGAUGAGAAUAUGUUUGUUCCUACAAUGAUAUUUGGACAUUUGUUAACAUCGUCUAAUUACGAUGACGAAGAGGAAAAAGUAACCGGCGGUAGGAACGGUUUUGGUGCCAAAUUGUGUAAUAUUUUUAGCCAUCGUUUUACCGUGGAAACUUCGUCUAGGGAAUAUAGGAAAUGUUUAAAACAAACAUGGAGUAAUAAUAUGGGAUUAGCAAGUGAGCCCAGAGUUAAGACAUCUAGCGGGGAAGAUUUUACAAGGGUCAUAUUUUCACCAGAUUUAGCAAAAUUUAAAAUGCAAUCUCUAGAUGAUGAUAUAGUUGCUAUCAUGUCUCGACGAGCAUUUGAUGUAGCCGCUUCCACUAGUGGUGUUAAAGUAUUUCUGAAUGGCACUAGGGUUCCUGUUAAAAAUUUUAAGGAAUAUAUUGAUUUGUAUAUUAAAGACAAAACAGAUGAUAUUGGUAAUCCUUUGAAGAUUGUAUACGAACAUUGUGGACCUCGCUGGGAAGUCGCUGUUACUACAUCUGAUAAGGGCUUCCAGCAAAUGUCUUUUGUAAACAGUAUUGCGACAACAAAGGGCGGACGACAUGUAGAUCAUGUUACUGAAUUAAUAGUAAAGCAGCUGACAGAAACGUUAAAGAAGAAAAACAAGGCAGGAGUCACAAUCAAGCCAUUCCAAAUAAAGAAUCAUCUAUGGAUUUUUGUCAAUUGUCUCAUCAACAACCCUACGUUUGAUUCACAAACUAAGGAGCAUAUGACAUUGCAAGCUAAAAGUUUUGGCUCAAAAUGCGUAUUUCCUGAUAAAUUUAUUACAAAUGUAACAAAAAUGGGCAUUGUUGAAGCAGUUUUAACAUGGGCGAAAUUUAAAGCUGAUAGCCAAUUACAAAAGUUGGGGCCUAAGUCGAAGCAAAGAAAGUUGCAAGGAAUACCAAAAUUAGAAGAUGCUAAUGAUGCUGGAACUUGCAGAUCGCUCGAAUGCACACUCAUAUUAACUGAGGGAGAUUCAGCUAAGACCAUGGCUGUAUCUGGUCUUUCCUCAAUAGGUAGAGAUAAAUAUGGAAUAUUUCCUCUAAGAGGUAAGAUUUUAAAUGUACGGGAAGCGACUCACAAACAAAUUUUGGAAAAUGUCGAAAUUAAUAAUUUGAUAAAGAUUCUUGGUCUUCAAUAUAAAAAGAAAUAUGAAACUCAUGAUGAUUUAAAAACAUUACGUUAUGGAAAGAUGAUGAUAAUGACGGAUCAGGAUCAGGAUGGUUCCCAUAUCAAGGGAUUGUUAAUCAAUUUUAUUCAUCACAAUUGGCCUUCAUUACUGAGGGUAAAUUUUGUGGAGGAAUUUAUUACACCUAUCGUUAAAGCAUCAAAGGGAAACCAAGUAUUAAGCUUUUUCUCUCUGCCGGAAUUUCAAAAAUGGAAAACAGAAACAAACAAUUAUCAUACGUAUAGAAUCAAGUACUACAAAGGUUUGGGUACCUCUACUGCUAAAGAGGCAAAAGAAUAUUUUCAAAAUAUGACUAGACAUAGAAUUCUAUUUAGAUAUGAUGGGGACCAGGAUGAUCAAAAUAUCAUCAUGGCCUUCAGUAAAAAAUGCGUCGACCAACGUAAAGAUUGGUUAACGAAUUAUAUGGAUGAAACAAAAAGAAGAAAAGAUAUUGGACUUGGGGAGCGUUUUCUUUAUGAAAAAGAUACACGUACCGUAUCAUUCUCGGAUUUCAUUAAUGUUGAAUUAGUUUUAUACAGUAACUACGACAAUGUACGAUCCAUACCGAACGCGAUGGACGGUUUAAAGCCGGGACAAAGGAAAGUUUUAUACACGUGUUUAAAACGAAACGACAAACGCGAAGUUAAAGUUGCUCAGUUAGCUGGUUCGGUUGCUGAACAUUCAGCAUACCACCACGGCGAAGUUUCUCUGAUGUCGACUAUUGUCGGUCUGGCACAGAACUUCGUAGGCAGUAAUAAUAUUAAUUUACUUCAACCCAUUGGUCAGUUUGGUACUAGGCUAUCCGGAGGAAAAGAUUCGGCCAGUCCUCGAUAUAUCUUCACAAUGCUUAGUCCAUUAGCGAGAUUUAUAUUUAACAAAUAUGACGAACCAUUACUGAAAUAUGAAUAUGAUGAUAAUCAAAAAAUUGAACCUGUCUAUUAUGUACCAACUAUACCAAUGGUAUUGAUAAAUGGUGCUGAUGGCAUUGGUACUGGUUGGAUGACAAAAAUACCGAAUUACAACCCUAGAGAGAUCAUUGAAAAUUUGUACAGAAUGAUGGAUGGCGCUGAACCAAAACCAAUGAUACCCUAUUACAAAAACUUCAAAGGAGUAAUAGAGAGUUGUGGAGAUUAUCGGUAUGUUCUUAAUGGUGAAGUCUCAGUAAUUGGAGCAGAUAAAGUUGAAAUUACAGAGCUACCAGUUGGAGUAUGGACACAAGCGUAUAAAGAAUCAGUUUUAGAGCCAAUGUUACACGGAAGCGAUAAAACACCGUCUAUUAUUACAGAUUACAAGGAAUACAACACGGAUACGGCAGUACACUUUGUGGUGACUUUAAAUCGCGAUAAGUUAGUAGAAUUAGAGAGAGAUGGUCUUCACAAAACGUUCAAAUUGCAAACAACAAUGGCGAUUACAUCCAUGUGUGCAUUCGAUGCGAAUCAAUGCCUUCAGAGGUAUGAGAGUGUUACUCAAAUUUUGAGAAGUUUCUAUAAAGUGAGACUGGAAUUGUACCACAAAAGGAAAGAUUAUUUAGAGGGUAUACUGCAAGCGGAGGCAUCUAAACUUUCAAAUCAAGCAAGAUUUAUUUUAGAGAAAUGCGAUGGCACUAUAGUAAUAGAAAAUAAAAAGAAGAAGGAUAUGAUAGCUGAAUUAAUUAGACGGGAGUAUGUAUCCGAUCCAGUAGUGGCUUGGAAAUUAUCACAAAAUAGAGAAGAAGUUUUGGAAGCUCAAGAAGAAAUAGCCGAAAAUGUUGAUGAUGAAGAGGCUGCAUUACCUACUGUCAUAGCAAAAGAAAAUUUUGAUUAUCUGCUAGGAAUGACGUUGUGGAGUCUUACACAAGAAAAGAAAGACGAAUUAUUACGCCAGAGAGACGAAAAAUUAGCAGAAUUGAAAAGAUUACAAGCUCGUUCGCCUGUUUCUUUAUGGAAAGAGGAUUUAAACAAUCUAUUAAGUGAAUUAAAUAAGCUUGAAGAUAAAGAAAAAAAGGAAGAUUUGAAAAUGUCUAAACUUAUCAAAAAGCCGCCAUCAAAAAUUUAUGCUUCGAACUCUAUACGUAGAGUAAUUCCUACAAUCGAUAUAGAAUUGAAAAAAAAAAUCGAAAAAGCUGAAAUCGUAUCCAAAGAUAAGAAGGAAGGCAUUAAAAAACAGCCAAGGGGAAAGAAAGAACCAAUAGAGGAGAAAGAUGAAUUUGAUAUCUUGGUGGAAUCGAACGCAAAAUCUUUGUGUGAAAGGAUAAACAUUAUUCCAGAAAAAGGAGACAAAAAAGCAAGUGGUAAAAAAUUAAAACAAACAACAUUGCAUUUUAAAAAAAACGCCAGAAAAGGUGAUAAAAGGAAGAUAAACUCUGGUGGUGAAAGUCAUGAUGAGAUUGAUUUUAGUAGUAUUUCACCUCCUCCAGAACCUCGUUUAUCCCGUAGAAAUACAGCUAAGAAAAACUACAGUUUUGAUUCUGAGUCUUCAUUGAGCGACGAACCGACUAAUCAUCAUUCGUCGGAUUCAGAUCAAAAAAUGAAAUCCGCUACAAUAACAAAUAGUGAUUCUGAUGAUAUCUUUAACAUAAAUAAGAAGGCACCACUACCGAAAUUAAGUUCAGAAGAACUUUUUGACUCCCUGGUCAGUGGUUCUUCGGCAGAAAAACAACAGAAACUACCAUUUGUUAUGUCAUCCAGUGAAGAGAUAUUCACAUCUCCGACAAAAGCACCUGUUAAAAAGAAGGCUGAAAAUGGAGGCAAAAGGGGAAAAAUACGAUUUAAGACAAAGGUAUUUUCUUCUGAUUCGGACUCCGAAGAACAAACGUUCUCUAGCAAAGAAGCUCCUGCAAAGAAAAGGAAGAAGAAGACCGAGCCGCAGCAGGAUAAUAUUGCCAGGAUAGAAGAAACUUCUUCAGUUCCAGCGCCGAGAAAUAACUCUGGUCGUACUCGUAAACCAGUUUCAUAUGCUGUAGACUCGGAUGACGAUUCUUCUUAAAUGAUUUUAUUCGCGCAAGUUUUCAGUUGAAUUAUAAUUCAGAUUGUUAACAUUAUUUUAUAUUAUCAAUAAACCAGAUUAUUUUAUGUUAAUAACGGUACACAAUCUGAAAUACAAUUCAACUGAAUGAAUAUACAUACAUUCAGUACAUGUACAUGCACAGUGUUCCUACGUUAAAUGUGAAAACGGACCUUAUGUUAACGUUACAAAGCCAGUGAAGCGAUUAAUGCGGCGGACAUGAUGUUUGAUCACACCCAAGUAAGUGGCGACACUUAUCUAUAAUACGGUUUCACAUCGAACAUAAAGUCAAAACUUUUAUUUACAUUCGUUUUGUACAAAAUUGUAGAGAUGUUAGAAAAAAAAAUAGAUUCUUGACAAACUUUACAUUCACUGUAUAUGUCAUGUGAUGUAGUGCAAUAUUAUGUUUGGGAAUUUAUUUAUUUUAUUAAAAGAUAAAGUAAAGAACAAGUCUGACAUCAAGUUGAAGUAUAGAUUUAAAUAAAGCUAAGUCAGGGGUUAGCUUAGCUUUGUUAAUAUUAUUUUAUAUAAUACUCUUGAAGAGUUUGAAGCAAGCGGUAACGUACAAAAAAACGUUACCCUCUUGCGUUGAGAUUGGGGACACACGAGCGUUAAUGUGACUCUUCGGUCCCGAGUAAUACAUUUAAGGUGGGAAUACUGUAUAAAAGAAUGUAUGUACGUGUACGUGACGCACUACCUGUCAAUAGUGUGAGAGCCGUCCGUGUAGGGCCGUAUGUUUUUCAAUCCAAAUUGGAAAUAACGCAAAAUUAUUAACACCACAUGCUCUUACAAACGUACCAACUGUCAUUCAAAAGCACAGAUGUAAUACACUCACAAUAACUAUGCGUAGCAGUUGUCUAUACAGCUUAAUUUAUAUUUAUCUUCGUAAUUCUAUAGAUGUGAUUGCAAUGAAGUUCGUGCAUUUAUCAUGCAUUGAACGUUCGAUAUUAAACUGCGUUGUAUAUAUUCUUUAAAGAUUUAAUUAUAAUUUUAAUUCGCCAAAUAUGUUUUACUUAUUUUUUCAUGUAUCGGAUUCACAUUUUUUAACGAAACAUAAUUAUCGUUUACGUAUAUAUAUAUUUACUUGUUAGAGAUAUUUUUCGUAUCCGUAAUAAAUGAUGUAUCUUGAA